AUGUCACCGGGUCGUCGCGACAUUGAGUUCCCCACUGUGGACGGACUAACCCUUAGGGGCUGGUUCUACACCGCCAAUGGAGACGGAAAGCAACCAUGUAUUAUCAUGGCUAAUGGAUUGGCGGGUUUGAAGGAGCAGUUCUGCCCCAACUUUGCCCAGCGGUUCCAAGCUGCUGGCUACGGAGUCUUGCUCUUUGACCACCGCAACUGGGGUGCAAGCGACGGUCUCCCCCGGAACGAGACAAACCCCAUUCAGACUGCUCGCGACUACUCAGAUGCCUUUGACUAUGUUGCCUUGUUAGAUGAGGUCGAUGCCUCCAGGAUUGUCUACUGGGGCACUAGCAUGUGCGGUGGUUCCGUUCUACACGCUGCGGCAUUCGACAAACGAAUUCGAGCCGUGAUUUCAUAG